UUGGCUCAUCUUCUUCCUCGCCUCUGAAGUUUCAAAAAAACACGAAGGAAGAGGAUAGAUAGAGAGAGAACAAUGGCGCAGAUGGUUGCGAUGCCCGUAGCCCACUCCCUCUCCCUCAUUUGCAAUUGGACUAAAUCCAGUCCUCUCACUCGCAACACUCUCGCUCUGCCACCUACUAACGCUCCCAAUAAGCAGAGUCUGAGCAUCAGAUGUGCUCGUGUGGGAGGUGUGGAGAUUCCGAGUAACAAGAGGAUUGAGUACUCUCUCCAGUACAUUCAUGGGAUUGGUCGAACUAGGGCUCGCCAGAUCCUCGUUGAUCUCCAGAUGGAGAACAAGAUCACCAAAGACAUGGCUGAGGAAGAGCUCAUCGUUCUUCGUGAUGAAGUCUCCAAGUACAUGAUCGAGGGUGAUCUGAGGAGAUUCAAUGCGCUUGCUAUCAAGAGGUUGAAGGAGAUACAGUGUUACCGUGGUGUAAGGCACAUCCAAGGGUUACCAUGUCGUGGACAGAGAACCAAGAACAACUGUAGAACUCUUAAAGGCAAGAAGAUUGCUAUUGCUGGUAAGAAGAAAGUUUCCAAGUAACCAACUCAUCUGAAUCUUGGAUGUCCUGUAAUAAUACUCUUUUGUUCUGUCUCUAGUUUUCUCUGUUCUAAAAUGUGAUUUUGUAAUCUCCUGAAACUUGGUUCGAAUGGAGCCCUUUCCAGACUAAUCUCCAGCUUUGUUAUUGUUCCA